UUUAAGCUCCGCCCCGUUGCCCGGCUCCGUGUUACAAAACCAGCUAACACACGGCACCGCGCACAGCUUUGUACCGCUGAGACAGACGGCACGAAGAAAAGCGAACAAUGGGGGUGACAAUUAGAGUGGAAUACUGUGGCAACUGAGGCUACGAACCCCGCUAUCAGGAGCUCAGGAGUGCUGUCAAGCAGGAGUUUCCCGAUGCGGAUGUUGCGGGCUUCGUGGGAAGACGAGGCAGCUUUGAGAUUGAACUCAACGGGCAGCUGAUCUUCUCCAAGAUUGAACUCGGGGGGUUCCCACAUGAGGACGAUGUCUUGGAUGCUGUUAACAAGGCCAACGAUGGCAAACCUGUCGACAAGAUCACCAAAAGCCGUGCACCGUGCGUCAUCAUGUAAACCUGCCCUGCCGCUUCCAAACCGGCCGGUGCGACUGUAAACUGCCAAUGUCACCUCUGCUCUAUAGAAGACUGGCGGAGAUGCACUAGGGCCGGUGUCUCCUGUCGCCAAACAUCUGGCUCCCCCUCUCGGUUCUCAUUAUGGUGCUCCGGGCUGUUAAUGAUUACUGUGGCCUCAAAGGUUAAAGGUCAUAGUGUGAUGAAGCCAUUCCUGGAAGUCCCUUUAUUAUGGAAGCUGAGAUGGGGAGAAGAUGUUGCAGGAGGAUCGAAGGGAGAUCCCUUUACUUCGCUUUUCCUACUGCCUCGUUGCCUGAUAUUCUAUAACUGUUUAAUUCUUGUUUUUCACGUCUACAGUCUCUGAGCUUACAUGCAAUUGCAGGUUUUCACACGAGAGUUAUGCAAAGUAGAUGCAAAUAUUUUUUUAAAGGGAGUCCACCCCUUGGUUUCUGCCUCUGCACAGGUCUUUUGUUAACAGUCGUUUUUAGGAUAUGAUAAAUAUUUGAAACGUUACUGUAAGGGUUGUAGAUAUAGGCUGGCAACAAUUUUUCUCUUUCCAUAUCAAAUAAGAUAACUUUUCUAUCUCAUAUGCGCUUUUCUGUAUUGUCAACUGUUGGCUACUAGAGCGAUCGUCCGCAGUGCUGCUGAAGACCACCAACCCCUGGUUUGUCAGCUCACGCUUAAUAAGAUGUCUGCUCGUUUACCAUAAAUCACCUCGAUGUCAGGAAACUUUUCAACUUUAAAUAAACCUACUGUAAUAGCUCA